AUGGACCGUGGUUACUUCUCUGUGGACGCCAUAUUGGCCGCGGAAGAUCGUGUCCCCGUCGUUUUCAAUACCAUGGCGGCCUCGCUCGGUUUCCUUGACCCUGCUUGCAAGGACGAGGAUUUACCUGCCCGCUCGCGCGUGGAGCUUCCCCUAUGGUUGGCUCUGGCUUUGCAGGCCAAAAACAUGGUGCGCGUGGAGCUUCCGAGGCAUUAUUCGGCGCGCUUCAGGGAGGAUUUGUUGGCGGGACCCGAUGCCGUGGACAUUCGAGAGCGCAGCGCCUUCUUCUACGAGACCGGGACGGCCCUCGCCCGUGUCAAGCGGGAUGACCACCUGCAGCGCACGAUGCGGAUGGUCUUUGCCGGGCCCCGAUUUCGGCACAUUUUAGACGCUAGCUUGAACAGCGGAGGGGACGACAUGACAGAUUUCCUCCAGGAUUUGCCCCACGCGGAACGAGCGUUGUUCCACGCCGGCUCCCAGGGCUCCAAGGCCCAGGAGGCGUACAAGAAGGGUACACACGCGCAGCUGGAUAUGGCCGAGGUUUUGAAAGGGGGGAGUGCCCCCGUGGAUAGAACUGUGGGGGGCCAAGGAGGGAAAGAAAGCAAUCCUUCGUUGUAA